AAAGUCUAGCUACGAAAACAAGUUUCGCGGUACUCCCGUGCAAUUUUAUUAUUUUUCGGUAAAGUGUGUGUGCGCAUCCCCAAGACCAUCUCCAACCCCUCAAAUAAAGCUGAAAAGUUCCGAGUUGCUCGUGUGAAGUUUUUUUUUUCUUCGCUCCAUUGCUUGAUCGUGUGAUCGUGGUGCCUUUUUUUUUGCGUGCAAUAUACAUACAAAAAAUAUGAUUCAAUGCAGCAGUGGCUACACACAGUUCGUGCUUGUGACGGGGUAGAAUCGCUUUUGCGCACCGAGCAAUAGAGAGGCAACGGCGAACCACAAUCCGCCCCGGGAUCGGAGUGGCGCGGCGAGUCGCUGCGCAGCGCUUGCGGUCAAACUAAAUGUGCUACGUAUGCAGUUUCUCGCGCGUUUGUGUGCUGUCCGGUGCGCUCCGUGAAACGAAGGCAGAAAGGCGUACGGAUGCCCAGUGAAAUCGUGCUGAGAACGUAACGCAUCGAGUGAAUAGAUCUUGUGAGCAACAGUUUGACGAUUUUUUUCGAGGUUGUGUGAAGAUACGAAGCAGUGCGCUGGGAGCAGCAGGAAAAUUGAAGAAGAGUUUGACGACCCUACUACUACUACUACACACACACACACCCCGUGAGAAGAAAGUUGGCGGAUUCGAAAAUCCGCUCUGCCAUGCCGUACAUGGUUCGUUUAACCUAGUGACAUCGAACAUACAGCAACGGUAUCAAAGGUACAACCGGUCACCAUGGAUUGGUCGACGGGCGAUCUGGUGUGGUUCGAUCCGGGCCUCGGCCACCCGCUGCCGGGGGAGAUCCAAGAAGUGCAUCGUGCCGCUCAGAUGAUCAUCGUGCAGGCACUUAUCAACGGCAAGCCGCAAACGUUCACCCUCGGGCCGAAUGAGGGAAACAUACGCGCCCGGCAGGAUCUGGGCAAGACCGGCGUGGAGGAUAUGACCCAGCUGGAGGAUCUGCACGAAGCGUCCUUGCUGUGGAACCUGAAGCUGCGCUACGACAACGGGCUGAUCUACACGAACGCGGGCAGCAUCCUGAUCGCGAUCAAUCCGUACAAAAUGUUCCCCGAAUCGUACGGCAUCGAGAUGGCCAAGCUGUACUCGGGCCGGCCGCUGGGCACACUGCCGCCGCACCUGUUUGCGAUCGGGUCGGCUGCACAUGCGGCCCUCCCGUCGCCCCAGGUGGUCGUCAUUUCGGGCGAGUCCGGGUCGGGCAAGACGGAAUCGACCAAGCUGGUCAUGCAGUAUCUGGCGGCGGUAGUACCGGGCGGCGGUUCCGCCUCCACCGUCAUCACCGAGCAGAUACUGGAGGCCGCCCCACUGCUCGAGGCGUUCGGUAAUGCGCGCACCGUGCGCAACGACAACAGCUCCCGGUUUGGCAAGUACCUGGAGGUGUACUUCAAGUCCGGAGCGAUCAUCGGUGCCAAGAUCACGCAGUAUCUGCUGGAGAAGUCGCGCAUCGUCACGCAGGCGGCCGGCGAGCGGAACUACCACGUGUUCUACGAGCUGCUCGGCGGGCUGGCCGAGCCGGAGCGCAUGAAGUACGGCCUGCUGGAGGCGGACAAGUACUUCUACCUGAACCAGGGCGGUUCCGACUGUGCGCCGGGCCGGAUGGACUGGGCCUCGCUGCAGAGCGCCAUGCAGGUGCUCGGUGUGACGGAAAGUGAGCGCGAGGGGAUCGUCAAGGUGCUGGCGUCGGUGCUGCACCUCGGCAACGUGUAUUUCCACCGGCGCCAGCUCCGGCAUGGACAGGAAGGGGUCGAGAUCGGGUCAGACGCUGAAAUCAAGUGGGCGGCCCAUUUGCUGCAGCUGCCAUCGGAAGGCAUCCUGAAAUCGCUGACCUCACGCAUCACCGAGACGCGUUCGGAGCGGCUCUACACACCGCUCGGCAUCGAUCAGGCGCUGGAUGCCCGGGACGCACUGGCCAAGGCACUCUACUCGGGGCUGUUUAACUGGCUUGUGCUGCGGAUCAACUCGAUCGUGCACCGGGGCGGCACGCACGACGCGCAACGGCUGUCGAUUCUGGACAUCUUCGGGUUCGAAGAUUUGGCCGAGAACUCGUUCGAGCAGCUGUGCAUCAACUACGCGAACGAAAGCCUGCAGCUGUACUUUAACAAGCACGUGUUCAAGCUGGAGCAGGCGGAGUACGCGCGCGAGCGGCUCGAGUGGACCAAUCUGGAGUGGGAGGACAACCUGCCGGUGAUCCAUCUGCUCGCGAAAAAGCCGGUCGGCAUCUUCCACCUGCUGGACGACGAGUCCAACUUUCCGCGGGCGAACGAUUCCAGCUUUCUCGAGAAGUGCCACUACAACCACGCGCUGAACGAGCUGUACUCGAGGCCGCGGGUCGGCGCGCAAGAGUUCGGCAUCACGCACUACGCCGGCCAGGUGUGGUACUGCGUGGACGGGUUUCUCGAGAAGAACCGGGACGCGCUGCGCAUGGAUGUGAUCGAGCUGCUGAGCUCCAGCACGGAGCCGCUGGUCGGCGAGAUGACCAAGCAGUUGCGCGCCCAGCGGGAUGUGGGCAAAACGCUGCCUAAGGGCUCGAACGGGCGCUUUGUCACGAUGAAGCCGCGCACACCGACGGUGGCGGCGCGCUUCUCCGACUCGCUGCAGCAGCUACUGCAGUCGAUGGCCAAGUGCAACCCGUGGUUCGUGCGCUGCGUCAAGCCGAACAACGACAAGCAGGCCCUGCGCAUGGACAUGCCCUGCGUGCUGCAGCAGCUGCGCUAUCUCGGCAUGCUGGACACGAUCAAAAUCCGCCAGUCCGGGUAUCCGGUGCGCCUUCGCUUUCAGCACUUUGUCGAACGGUAUCGCCAUCUGAUGAGGACGCCCCUGCCGAAGGGCACGCCGUACCGGGAGCUGUGCCGCUUCGUGCUGGACGAGCUGCCGGGCACGACGACCGAGGGGCCCGACUUCCAGCUGGGCGCAACGCGCGUAUUCUUGCGCGAAGCCCUCCACCGCACGCUGGAGGCGAGCCGGGCCGACCGGCUGCGGCUGGCGGCCGUCACGAUCCAGCGCACCGUGCGCGGCAUGCUGGCGCGCAAGAAGGUGCAGCGCGAGGUGCGCGGUGCCGUCACGAUACAGCGCUACUGGCGCGGGUACCGCGACCGCAACCGGUACCUCACGAUCAAGAACGGCGUGGUCAAGUAUCAGGCCCUGUACAAGGGGCACAUGCAGCGCAAGCGGUACGCCAAGCUGAAGAACGAACUGAAGCGCCGCCGGGAGGCGGAACGGCUCAAAAAGGAGCGGACGGCCCAGCGGCUGGCCAAGGAGCAGGUGGAGCGCGGUUCCGCCGUACCGCUCGACAUACCGGCCGAGUUGGCGUUCAUCUUUUCCAAGUCGGAGAACUGGUCCGGCCAGCAGAGCGAUCGCAAUCUGGUGAAGGUGGUCGGAACCGUGCCCGGGCCUCCGUCGGCGGCCGAUCUGCCGCCCGACCUGGAUCAGUUCGCUUUCGGCAAGUUCAGCUCGGUGUACUGUAACGGGGUCAAGCUGGCACCGCGCCGUGACAUCAUCAGCGCGCCAUUCCUGUCGCGGGCCGCCGCCCGCGACCAGGACUUUAAGGACGCGAUCGCCAUCUUCAAGCUGAUCAUCCGCUGGACGACGGACGCGACGAUGGACGCGAAUCGGGAGAAGAUCCUGGCGGACUACAUCGUCCACAAGGGGCUGUCGUCGCGCGGGCUGCGGGACGAAAUACUCGUGCAGAUCUGCAACCAGGUGUACCGGGCGGACGAGGCCGCGGCCGAGAAGCUGUGGACGCUGAUGUCCCACUGUCUGUCCGCGUUCCAGCCGGGCUCGGCGUUCAGCAAGUACUUGAUCAAGUUCAUCGUGGACAAUGCGCCCCCGAACACGAAGGAGCAGAUCCUGAAGAAGCUGCUGCGGAACGCUAACGCAGGCCAGACGAACCCGUGCCGGCUGUUCCCCCCGGCCUGGCUCGAGUGGCGCGCCUCGUCUCGGCUGGCGGACACGGCGCUCGGGCUGAACCUGCCCGACAACAGUGUGCAGACGGUGGCGGUCGAUUCGUGGACGACGUGCGAGGAGGCGGCCGCCCUUGCCAUCUCCUCGUUCGGCAUACCGAACCUGGGCUGGACGGUGGUGAUCGACGAGUCGGACCAGAUGACGGACUCGUGCGGGCUGGACUUUGUGCUCGAUUUGGUGGCGGAGAAGGAGCUACCGCCCGCCUUCCCGGCCGUGCGAAGCGAUAUACUGCGCUGCGGCAGGAAGGGUGGUGCGCCGAGUGCCGCCCCGGGUGCGCACGACUCGGCGGCGGAGCCGAGCAGCCCCAAGCGGCCGCAGGUGCCGCCGCCCGAGCCACCGUCGAUGAAGCGCAGUUCGCACGAGAUACAGCUCGUACCGGUUGCGAUCGGCAGCGGCACGAAGAAGCACGAGCCGGCCGAGUACGGUGGCGGUGGUGGUGGUGCCGCCUCCCGCCACCAUAUGGAACCCUCCAGCGCGGGCAGGAAGACGUCACACGAUGUAUCGCUGUCGCGCCAUAAGCUGCGGGAAGAGCGUGCCUUCUACGAGGACAAGAGCCGGUCGCGCUCGCUGGACGAUCUGCUGGCGGGCGAGGCGGACGACGCACUGCUCGCACCGGAUGCGGACGAGCCGGAAACUUCGCUCACGCUGACGCUGGCCGAGAACCGGAUCGGCAACAAGUACCGCUCGGUGGACACGAUCGCACCGCUCAAGGAGCAGCAUCCGCGCUUCGUCAAGUCCCAGUACGCCGGCAAGCGUUCGUCCGGCUCACACUCGCUCAAGUACGCGGAGAAGUCGGAGUUUAGCGUACGCUCGUCCGCCAUGUCGGACACGAGUGAGGCACCAUCGUUAGCGAGUCACGUGCGACGCGUGCGAGUGCCGUCGCAGGCAUCCGACGUCGACCAGUUUCUGGACGAUCUGUUCAGCCCCGUGCUGGACGGAUCGCUCGACGAGCUGUCCGACGCUCGCUCCCUGGCGGCAAGCAUCCGGGGUGGAGCGCAGUUUGUGAGCGAGCUGCUCGCCACUGUCCGUACCGACCGCUCGCUAACCGACCUGGAGCAGUCGGCCGUGCUGGCAAGCGCUACGCAGGGUGGCACCACCCACCAGGCGAAGAAUGCCACUUCGAACGGAUUCACGCCGAGCGCACCGAACCCGAUCGCGCCGCUGUCACCGCCGGUCAGCUCGUCCGGCUCGCUGCUCAUGAUGGGCUCGGUCAGCCCGGACGUGGUCAUGCCGGUGUUUACCAUCCCGCCCGGCGUGGACAGCACCGCCUACCAGCAGCAAAUGCAGCGCGCCUUUCUCCAGUCCGCGAUGGCCCAAAACAUCCAGAUCCAGCAGCAGCUGAUGGCCCAAAACCAGGCCCUGCAGACGCUGCUCACGCAGCAGGACGGGGCCGGCCCAUCCUCCUCUUCAUCGCCGGCCAACCCGGGUGCCGCCUCACCGAAGCAUGGCGGCGCCACCGGCUCGCCCACCUCCGUGCAACAUUCGCCCAUUCGCAAGAUGAGCGCCAAGGCCGGCGGCCGCAACGAUUCGACCGACCGUCCGAUCGGUCCGCCUGCCACAUCCACCUCCUUCUCGGACAUGCUGCGCAACCGCAAAGACUCGUCCUCGUCCAACCUGAUACCACCGCCGCCACCGCCACCGCUCCCACCACCGCUCGAGCUGAAAGAUCCGUUCGAGGUGCGCCCCUUCCUCGAUCCGUACGGGCGGGCGAAAACCGUGCGCAUCGGCAAAUGGCGCUGGCCACCGCCGCAAGGCGUCACCGCCAGCACCGAGACGGAGGAAACGUUCAUCCAGUUCAAGAUGACGCGCCAGAGCAAUCGCAAAACGACGCCGCAGUCGCAGCACAGCAGCAGCAACCUCGACUCCCCGAUCGGCUCCCCGAACGGGGUCGAGUGGGAGGAGUUCGAAAUCGACCAGAAGCUGCAGGAGCAGGCGGCACGCGAGGCCGAUGCGGGCGGCAAGGGUGCGGGAGGCGGCGGCCAACAGCCGGGCGGUGCGGCACGGACGGCCAAGCGCAGCUUCGACAUCGGGGCCGACCGGCCCGCCCCGAACAGCGUCGGCAAGCUGAAGCUGAGCAACGAGAUGCGCCAGCGGCUGGAGCAGGUGACCGCGGGCCACUCGGUCCGCUCGUCCAGUGCCAAAUCGGACCGGCCCGAGCGCACGCCGGCCAAGCUGGAGGAUACGCGGCGCAUGAUGCUGGAGCAGCAGCUCGGCGGCAUGAACCCACCCGGUGGCGCCAAGUCGCCCGGUGGCGAUGCGGUGCCGUCGGUCAAGACGCAGGUGCAGCGGAUGGAGGCAAGCAAAAAGGGUGCCCCAGCAACGGCCUGGCCCACGGUUUUGCCACCAGCACCACCGGGGCCGGCACCGCCACCACCGAUCAGACCGCCGACGUCUACUCCACCGGCUCCGCCGCCACCGAUCCACGGCAACAUGAUGGCCGCCCAGAACGCGCACCAGCAGAACCAGUCGGAGAUUCCGUCGUUUGUGCAGCGCCAGGAGCGGGACACGUUCGGUGCCAAGGAUAGCUUCAUGGACUCGUGGGGUCGUGCCGAGGCAGCCAAGCUGGAUCUGGUCUACGAAACAAGUUUCAAGAAGGAAAUGAUUAUCGAACGCGAGCGAUCCCGGUCAAGAUCGCGUUCCCGUGAUCGGGAGAACUUCUCCGAAUCGGUCUGGGAUCGUUCGGAAGUCGAAGGUCCAUCGUCCACAUCGAGCGAUCCACGCGAUCGCGAUCGUGGCGACAAGGAGCGGGAGGCCCGUGAGCGCAACUACGAGCUGACCCAGCUGCAGCGUGAGAAGGAAAGCAACAAAGUGUUCCACCCGUCGUCCUACACGAAGGACAAGCAGCAGCAGCAGCACCACCAACAACACCACCAACAACACCAGCAGCAGCAACAACAACAGUCGCAAUACCAGCAACAGUACCAGCAGCAGCAGAAACAAUACUCCGCGAACGCGCCGGGCUCGGGCAUUGCCACCUUCAAGACGCACAUGGUGCAGAAAAGUGUCCAGGAGCGGGAGCGCAAAUCGUCGGCCGCCACCACGAACGGUUCGGUGUACAGCGAGAAGCUGGACGAUGGGGCAAUGGCCGAUCCGCCCGCACCCGUCCUGCCAGUGCAGAUGAACCCGUCGCUGAAGGCGCCGGCGGCCGCCUGCCUGACGUACAACCGCGUCACCUGGACGCUGCGCGUCCGCAAGGAGGUGUUCCGGCCGAGUGAAACGGUGACGGCACCGGCCGCACUCGAUCUGCUGUUCAACCAGAUCACGGCCGACGUGUUCGGGGUCACGCCGUGCAUGCGAAUAUCGCCGCAGGAGAAGCGGCUGGCGGUGAAUCUGCUCAGCAGCCACGGCAUCACGGCGAACGGGCACAGCACCGCCAAGCAGCACGUGCGUGCCAUCGUCAAGCGCCACGUGCUCGAUAUGGCCCGUGGCUGGCCGCUGUACUUUGCGCGGCUGUUCGUGAUGAACGGAUCGCCCUCGAUCCAGGAGGGCACGCUGCUGGCCGUCUCGCAUAUGGGCGUGUAUCUGGCAAGCAAGGAGCCCGAGUUCCUUUCGAUUCAGCGCGCCAUUCCGUUCGAUGACAUACAGAGUGUUACCACGCUGCCACGGCCGCUCACGCUGCAGCUGACGCUGAAAACUGGCGCCCGGCUGGUGAUGCACGCGUCGAAGGCGAACGCGAUCCAGGUGAUGGUACAGUCGUACCUCGCCGAGUACCGUCAGACCCAGUCGAAGGGCUCCACCAUCUCGUCCGGUGUGCGGGCGGCCGCGGCCACCCUGAAUGUGCCGCUCGAGCGGCUGGAAACGUCCAACGUGAACAGCCCCGGCUCGCCGAACCAAAUGUCGCCGACCGACAAGGGCCACCAUCUGCACCACAUGAUGGGUGGCCAUCCGGGGCAGCACCAGUCGCCGCACCAUCUCCAUCACCUGCACCACCAGCAGCAGCAGCAGCUGAUGGAUGAGUUCGAGGAUAUGCACAUCGAUCACGGCGGGUUGGCGGACUCGUCCCCACCGCCGACGAUGAUGGGCGGGUACGGAAACGAGGGCCGUCUGCAUGGCGGUAUGAAGCACGGCAUCAAUGGGCAGUCGCAACAGCAGCUGCAACAACAACAGCAGUCGCAACACAACUCACCCUACGGCGGGGAGCGCAGCCCGACCGACGGGGGCAUGGCAGGCCGGGCCGGCAGUGGCGGCGGUACCGGUAGCGGCAUGAUCGUUAACCACAAAGGCUCACCGAUGGGUAACGGCAACGGCAACUACAGCGAUAUGCACAUUGUGGCCGGCGGCCACCACGAGAACGAUUCGUCCCCGACGCAGACAUCGCUGACCAAGCAUUCGCUGCUGCAGUUUGCGAUGCAACACUUCCGUACCGAUGACGAGUUCAAAUCCAACCGUUCGGACAAACGGGCCAUGAGGAACCAGCAUGCCGAUCUGGUGAAAUGGCAGGGCUACCCGCUGCGGGCUCCGCUGCUGCGGCUGCCGGCCGACCUGACGCCGCUCGCGCUGGAAUGUUUCGACUGCGUGCUGCGCUACUGCGGCGAUCUGGCAGUCGAUCCGGAACUGUCCGAAGUGAAAUGCGUCUACACGGUGCUGAUGCACUGUCACAAGCAUCUGGCCCUGCGCGACGAGGUGUACUGUCAGCUGAUGAAGCAGACGACGGCGAACCGAUCGGCCUGUCCGGAUUCGGCCCAGCGUGCCUGGCGCCUGCUCAGCAUACUGGCCGCGUACUUUGGCUGCUCGGACGCGCUGCGGCCCUACCUGAUCGAGCAUCUGACCUCGGCUGCGUCGGACCGUCGGCGACCGUGCCACGGUACGGCAGCCGUCUGUUUGACCAACCUGCGCAAAACGGCACGCUGCGGUGGGCGCAAGAACGUGCCGAGUGUCGAGGAAGUUACCGCCGUUUCUGCGGGCAGGUCUGCCCGGCGACAAAUUUACCGCCUGCCUGGUGGCGCGGAACGCAUCGUCAACACGCGCUGCUCCACGGUCGUGGGUGACGUUAUCGCCGAGCUGUGCUCGCUGCUCGGCAUCGAAUCGCCGGCGGAGCAGCAGGAGUUCUCGCUGUACUGCAUCGUGCAGGGUGACGCCUUUACCAUGCCGCUCGCGGCCGACGAGUACAUACUGGACGUGACGACCGAGCUGCUGAAAUCGGGCCAACCGUUCUAUCUAAUCUUCUGCCGGUCGGUGUGGCACUUUGCGCUGAAGCGCGACCCGGCACCGACACCGCUCUACAUCGAGGUGCUGUUCAAUCAGGUGGCGCCCGACUAUCUGGAGGGUUUGCUGCUCGAGCUACCGAAUGGGGGCGCGCCCAGCCCGGACUACGUGCGCGAUAUGGCGCGCAUUGCCGCGAUCCUGCACCGUGCCGCCGACCUGAACCACCUGCCGGCGAUGAAGGAGAUCAAGUUCCUGCUGCCGAAGCCGGCCCUGUCGUUGCGCGAGCUGCGCCCGGCCCAGUGGGUGGCGUUGGUGCAGUCGGCCUGGCCGUCCGUGGCCGGCCUGAGCCCGAUCCAGGUGAAGGCACAGUUUCUGAACGUACUCUCCUCGUGGCCACUGUUCGGCAGCAGCUUCUUCGCGGUGAAGCGCGUCUGGGCGGACGAGAACCCGAUGGAGGAGCCGAGCCCGAUGUGGCGCGAGCUCAUCCUUGCCCUCAACCGGCGCGGCGUGCUGUUCCUCGAUCCCAACACGCACGAAACGAUGCAGCACUGGCCAUUUAAUGAGGUGAUUUCAACGCGAAAGGUACGUUCAGAGGAUGGUGCACUGUUUCUCGACAUGAAGGUGGGCAAUCUGCUUCAGCAGCGCGUCAUCCGUGUGCAGACCGAGCAGGCGCACGAAAUUUCACGACUAGUGCGCCAGUACAUCACAAUGGCCCAGGCGCAGCAGCGCGAUCGAAGGGAAUAGGCGAAUGCGCGGGAAGCUGAUCACGAUUGAAGACGACUACAAGUAGGCGGGCCAGAUUUAUUUAGGUGCAAAGGAUAGUUAGUUUUUUUUAAGAUUAUGAACCCACACACACACACAUACAUUAGGUAGGACGAGUGCAGAGUUUAGUAGGAUCGGGAAGGUGGUAAUGAUGAUGAUGACGAUGGUAAUGAUGAAUAUAAAUAAUAUUAAUUGUGCUGGUGUGCUUAUUGUACUUAUUUGGGUGAACCAUGCAGGGCCGGCUGAAACGCUCGACGCGGCUAAUAAUAAUAGAUUUGCUCUAGGAGAAACUGUUUCGUUUUGUACCAAUCACAAAAAAGCGAACAAAUGCACAUUAUGCUACGUAUCAUAUGCUGUAUUGAUUAUAUUUUUCUACAAUUUUGAAAAUAUAUUUGCAUUUUAUAUAAAUCGAA